GGCGGCCGUCGGCGGGGCUCGCCGGGUGCCGUGAGUCAGUGCCCAGUAAACAUUGGCGUGAGCCGCGCCGGCUCCGCCAUGGUGGCGGCGCCGUGAGGGCGGGGGGCGGCGCGGCAGGCUGGGCGCGGCGGCGGCUGGCGGGCGGGCGGCGGGGGGCCGGGGCCAUGGACGAGCUCAAGCACCAAGUGAUGAUCAACCAGUUCGUGCUGGCGGCCGGCUGUGCCGCAGACCAGGCCAAGCAGCUGCUGCAGGCGGCCCACUGGCAGUUCGAGACUGCUCUCAGUGCUUUUUUCCAAGAAACAAACAUCCCCUACAGCCACCACCAUCAGAUGAUGUGCACUCCUGCAAACACGCCGGCCACGCCGCCCAACUUCCCCGACGCCCUCACCAUGUUCUCCCGCCUCAAGGCCUCCGAGAGCUUCAACAGCAGUAGCCCUGUGGCAUCCAUGGCGACUUCCCCACCACCCCCGGCCCCACCACUGCCCCAGCACGGGGCCUUCAACCCCACCUGGCCUGCAGCUUCACCCCCUGGCCAGCAGCAGAGCAUGUGGACUCCGGCAGCCUCAGCGCAGCCUGCGGGCUGGCCAGCCGCCGUCUCCCAGCAAGCCACAGCAGAACAGAAGGCCAACGUGACCAUGGAGGCAGAGAGAUGAGGCUGCGGCAGGGACCCCUGCAUAUAAAUAAAUACAUUUUUUUCUUUCCCCCUGCCCCCAGAGAGGAGAGGAACUCUGCUGCCAGGGUAUCUGGCAGCCACCGAGACACACGAGCAAAUAGCUGCCUUGCAUGGGUUUGGUUUGAAGUAGUUUUUACUUGUCCUCAAGCUCAACAGAGCUGCUCAGAGACAGCAGGAGGCUGCGUGGGACAUGGGACCGGUGCUGGUCUCUGCCUGAGACCCCUGCCGCUGCCAGGCUUUUGAGGAGGGAGCACCCCCUCCUCUUUUGGGACACUGGAGUUUGCAUGUGAGUGACAUUUACAGAGGAGGUCCUUUCUUCAAGGUCCCCUGGGCCACCCUACUGGGCAGAGUGGGUUGUGGCUGUUUCCCCCCCAUACCUUGGCCCCGCUUUACUGGGUGGGAGGUACACAGGCUAUGCGGAAAGAGCAAGGUCUGUGCCUGCUUGGCCAUAACCUCCACCCAGCAUGCUCCAUGCUUGCUGGUGAGCAGGGCCGGGGGAUGUCUGGCCCUUCACUAGUCGCAGCAAUGGUGGCCAGGGUGGCCCAGCUGGGCCUGCACACCCUCCUGGGGUGGGGCUUGCCCCGGGGCCGUUUGCAUGACACAGUGUAACCCUAGAGACUGGGAUCAUUUUUAACCCCUCUGUUCUUUUCUCCCGGCGGCUGAAGUCUGGUGAGACGCGCGGCAGCCGCUUGCAAUACACGCUCUGCUUUCAA